GUCUCUCGUGUGGUUUGGCUUCUUGGGAUGUUCUUCUUGCCUCUUUCGGACCAACCCAAACCCAAACCCCAAAUCCCCCAUCCCAAAUCCCAAAUGCCUCCUGUCCAAUGAUGCACUCUCUCUCCUCCCCCUAGCUCGCGCUUCGGCAGCCGCCUCGCUUCCCUGCCGCCGCAUUGCUGCUCCCCUGGGGCGCCGGCAGCCGCUGCCGCCUGGCCUUAUCCUCCCCCUUUCUUGGUGAGAAAAGCUUCCGGCCUCGGCCGUCUCUCCUGGAGAUCUUUCGUCCCGCUGUUUCUGAGUUUUUCCUGGGGAGGGAAGGUCGGUCCUGGGGCCUGCCGCCAGGCGAAUCCAGGAUUGCUCAGGCUGGGUUCCUGUUGAGCUCUGAGGAUGAGGAGGUGCCUCUGCUUUCGCUGAAGAACUAGUGCCAGGUUGCAGGAUCUCCAAUGGACAAGCAAAAGAAACACAAGAAUGCAGAAAUGGGGAACAACGUGUUUCACAGAAUUGUUCUCAACCAGAUUGCUGGGAGCAUCGGUUUAGAGGAGGAGGAGAACGUGCCUUGCAACACUCCGAGGCACUCCGAUCGUUCGCGGUUUUGUGGUUCAUCUGGCAAAUUUGCUGCGUCCACCAGUGGAAGUAACGGUGCCGAGUCGGUCAGCCCAGGCGAGUAUGUCAGAGAUCCUGGAUCCAUAUUGAGUUUGCAGCCUUGGAUUUUUAAGAGAAGCAGCGCCCAGAACAAUGAUGAAAUGGUGGUUCCAAGUGGUGGUAGGGCAGUUUGUAGAGGCAAGAAUCUGAUGGAUGGCUUUCAAGAUGGCUCAACUGUUGAUGUCUCUGCAAGAAGCCCUGGUCUUGGUCCUGGGUCUGGAAGAGGUCGAGGUGCUCUUAGGAGCAGACGGCCCCAGAGGCAUUUUAUGAAGCCACUUGUUGCAGCGGGGAACUCCUACAUUCCCCAGCUUUACGACGAGAACUUCGAGUUUGAAGAGUACACAUUUGCUCCAGUUCCAUCCCCAGCUUCUGCUAGGCCAUUCAUUGUGACAGAUGGGAGAAGAAUCAUUAGUAAAUCGCGCUAUGAACCAGUGUCCGUGCCCUUUGAAAUUGGGGUUGACAAGAAGGACUGUCAAAAUGGCUCAAAAGAGCCAGAAAAUAUCGUCGGGAUCGCUCCUCUACCUCAGCUGAACAAAUCCAGAAGGGAUAUAAGGGUAUCUCAAGAUGCUCGUUUGAGUUUGCUUGGCUCCCAAGGAGGUUUAGUUGAACGAUUGCUCAUGUUCUCGAGUGGGGUUCAGAUUGGUAUUAUAUCAUCUUCUCUAUCUAGCAAAAAAGAUGUUGAUUCCUUGAAGGGCACACUGAAACGAAUGGAGAACUUGGUUCAAGAUUUGCAAGAUGAGCUGGACAUGAAAGAGGGGUUAACCGUGAAGGAAUUGCCUAACGAAAUGUCUGGUGAACAAAAUGAUAACAUUAUCAAAGCUCACACUGCUGAUUCGGAGCCGAUGAGCAAAAUUGAAGCUGAACUUGAAGCUGAGCUUGUGAGGCUUGAAUUUAAUAUCACUUCAAACUAUUUGGAAGAACAACCGUUUGACUUGAGUGAGAUCGAUCAGGAGUUCAUUGGAGAUAUUGUUCAGGGGGAACUGAAGAUCGACAUGAUUCGCCGUGACAUCGCUGAUUACAGCAGUGAGAGUGACCAUGGCAGGGACAGUAGACAUAGUUCCCCAGAUUACACACGCGAUGCAAAAUAUCCUAUCUCACCUAGGGAUCUCAGUAUCCGCCUCCACAAGGUGAUCCAGCGUAGGCUCGAAGACCGGAUCAAGGAGCUUGAGACUGCACUUGCUCAAAGCCGGAAGCAGACGCAACUUCAGAUAAUGGCAAGAGAGCGGGUCUUCUCUGAACAAAGCUGCUCAAACAGUGAUUCCGGUUCUUCUUUGAACCAGGAUAGUCCAUUGUUUAUGCAAGAAACUGGCUCGUCGGCAGAACCGUUCUGUCUGAAUCUAGCUGGAGACGCACUAGAAGCAUACGAUGAAGCCUACGAAGAAUUCAUGAGAAUUGCUGACUCCCCUUGUACCACAAGUACUAAUGGGAAGCCUCAGGUAAAUGAAGAUUACUCAGUGGAGAUAUGGGGCUUGGAAGAGGACAGCUCUACGGACCUGAAAAAUGUUCCUACUUGGGAGCGGGAUGCGAAGAGCGGGGAGCCUAACAAUGCUCAAGAGAGUGAUGGGGACGGAGAAGACGAGUCCGGCGAAGAUGAUGACCACGAUAGUAAGAUGCUCAUCCAGCAGAUUGUAGAGAGAACUAAGCAAGGGUCACCUGUACUCAUAAAUGCACAAAGAAUGUUGUUUUCUGUGGAUGAUUAGGUUGCUGGCCUAUGCUGUAUACCAUUGAAAUUUUGUGGUAGCAUGUAGUGUCGAUUGAUUGCUCAGAAAAAGGAAAUCAAAGUAUUAAUUUUUUAA